AUGUCUUUUCAACUCCCUCCAGGAGUUGGCCUAGUGACUGGAAGUGGUGGCCUUUUGUCCAACGUGCCUGGCGUUAGGCGUCGCCAAAUUUCACGCAUCAAUGCGUACGUUCGCGGGGACCGCUUCAACGCCAAGGCGAACAGGCGGCUACGCAAGGCGGAACACAAGUCCAAGGUGGCUCAGAGGCGCCUUCCAGAAGCUGUUGUCAAGGCUCUACAGUCAAACCCAAUGCAAUAUGGUGCUCCGCGUUACUUCAAGGUCCUCCUGGCUGGCGUCAAAGCCACGAAUGACUGCAAACUGCAUGACCUUGAACGGUACGAAGACGAGGGUCAUUUCAUGUUCUUCUCCUCCUUUGGGGUCGCCGGUAGUCCCGUCCGCUUCAAUGACCACUGGAUUCCGACCGACGGCGAGGAACUGUCUCCGGACAAAAGAAUCUACACGCUCGCUACUAAAGACAAGAACAGCAACCCUGUUAGCCUGUAUCUUGACUUUACCCUUCCAGAGAGCCCUUCUGGGUUUCUGGAAACCUCGGACGGACACUUCGCGGUAGCUUUGAAGCCAUGGGCUGUGAGCUACCAGGUGAAGGUCUCCGGCAACGCAGGUGCCUACAAGUCCUCUGGUCAGCAGACCCUGAAGUGGGACGAAACUUCAGAUGUCUGGACCAAAGCUACUUGGGAAGAUAACUCCAUGGUAUUUUCAUACGAUACUGUUGCAAAUCCCGAUCCCUUCACCAAGACACUCAUCAAUGAGGUGGCGUUUCAGGAUCAGAGGGCUGGUGGACAGACCUUGGAGUUGACCUCUUCCAUGUACCCAACGGAUUACACCAGCAUAUUUCAAGACCUGGACACUGGAAAGGGGACUACGGCCCACUUCUGCAUCACGACCGUAACCACUACAAACGUUCCCCCCGCACCAGAGAUUCGCGCGCAAGAUGCCAUUAAGUCGGUAUUCCCCAGCCUGGCCAUGUUCAAGUUCGACGAGCUCGCCACCAGCUUUACUGGCGCCUAUACCGUACCAGGAUCUGAUCAAGUAUACGCCGUGAUCGGCCAAGCUGCCGAUCCUUAG